AUGGGGUGGGACUGGGGGACUCCCACGCCCUGGGGAGGAGAGGAGAGGGAGGACUGUCAUGUCCAAAGGUCCAUUCCAUCUGUGUCUUCCUUGACGUUGCGCCCUCUGCCCUGCACUUGGUUCGAGUGUGUCAGCAUGUUGGUGAUUCUCCUCAACUGUGUCACCCUGGGCAUGUACCAGCCAUGUGAGGACAUGGAUUGUCUGUCUGACCGCUGCAAGAUCCUGCAGGUUUUUGACGACUUCAUCUUCAUCUUCUUUGCCAUGGAGAUGGUGCUGAAGAUGGUAGCCCUGGGGAUUUUUGGCAGGAAGUGUUACCUGGGGGACACCUGGAACCGGCUGGAUUUCUUCAUUGUGAUGGCCGGGAUGGUGGAAUAUUCUCUGGACCUUCAGAACAUCAACCUGUCAGCCAUCCGCACAGUGCGAGUCCUGAGGCCCCUCAAAGCCAUCAAUCGCGUGCCCAGUAUGCGCAUCCUCGUGAACCUGCUGCUGGACACCCUGCCCAUGUUGGGCAACGUACUGCUAUUGUGUUUCUUUGUCUUCUUCAUCUUUGGGAUAAUCGGUGUGCAGCUGUGGGCCGGCCUGCUUCGGAACCGCUGCUUCCUGGAGGACAACUUCACCAUACAAGGGGAUGUGGCCCUCCCUCCCUACUACCAGCCGGAGGAGGACGACGAGAUGCCGUUCAUCUGCUCGCUCUCGGGGGACAACGGCAUCAUGGGCUGCCACGAGAUCCCCCCCCUCAAGGAGCAGGGCCGGGAGUGCUGCCUGAGCAAGGACGACUUCGCCUUCUACAGCGCGGCCCAGCAGGACUUCAACGUCAGCGGCAUGUGCGUCAACUGGAACCGCUACUACAACGUGUGCCGCACGGGCAGCGUCAACCCCCACAAGGGCGCCAUCAACUUCGACAACAUCGGCUACGCCUGGAUCGUCAUAUUCCAGGUGAUCACCCUAGAGGGCUGGGUAGAAAUCAUGUACUAUGUCAUGGACGCCCACUCCUUCUACAACUUCAUCUACUUCAUCCUGCUGAUUAUAGUGGGCUCCUUCUUCAUGAUCAACCUGUGCCUCGUUGUCAUAGCGACCCAGUUCUCCGAGACCAAGCAGAGAGAGCACCAGCUGAUGCAGGAACAGCGCAGGCGGUACCUGUCCUCCAGCACCGUGGCCAGCUACGCAGAGCCCGGGGAUUGCUAUGAGGAGAUAUUCCAGUACGUCUGCCACAUUCUGCGAAAAGCCAAGCGCCGAAGCCUGGGCCUCUACCACGCCCUCCGCAGCCGCCACCAGGGCCAGGUGGAGCCUGGCGUGGGUGCCAAGCCCGAGGCAGGGAGUGCCAAGGAGCCGAGGAGGGACAGGCUAUGUCAGAAACACAUUCCCUUGGAUUACCCACCCCAUACUCUCGUGCAGCCCAUCUCUGUGACACAGACCUCCGACCCUGGCAACUGCCCCCACUGCCAGCAGGAGAGAGAUCAGCGUCUAUCCCUGGCAGAGAGUGAUGAUGACUUUGGGCGGGAGGAAGGCUCUGCCAAUGAUGAUGAAGGUGAAGGUGGAGGAAGCAGUGAAGGAACUCUGGACCUGGAGAAGGAGGAAGAAGAGAGAGAGAAAGGCAGUGGAGCAGCCAGACUGUGUGGGGAUAUAUGGCGGGAGGUGAGGGCCAAGCUGAGGGGCAUCGUGGACAGCAAAUAUUUUAACCGAGGCAUCAUGAUUGCCAUCUUGGUGAAUACUGUCAGCAUGGGCAUUGAACACCACGAACAGCCCGAGGAGCUGACCAACAUCCUGGAGAUCAGUAACGUGGUGUUCACCAGCAUGUUUGCCCUGGAGAUGAUCUUGAAGCUGGCGGCCUUCGGCCUCUUCGACUACCUACGGAACCCUUACAACAUCUUUGACAGCAUCAUCGUCAUCAUCAGUAUCUGGGAGAUCAUCGGCCAGUCGGACGGGGGCCUCUCGGUACUGCGGACGUUCCGCCUGCUUCGAGUCCUGAAGCUGGUCCGCUUCAUGCCAGCCCUGCGCCGCCAGCUGGUGGUUUUGAUGAAGACCAUGGACAACGUGGCCACCUUCUGCAUGCUGCUCAUGCUCUUCAUCUUCAUCUUCAGCAUCCUAGGGAUGCACAUUUUUGGCUGCAAAUUCAGCCUCAAGACUGACACGGGAGACACUGUACCCGACCGGAAGAACUUUGAUUCACUUCUUUGGGCCAUUGUCACAGUGUUCCAGAUCCUGACCCAAGAGGACUGGAAUAUGGUGCUCUACAAUGGCAUGGCCUCCACCUCUCCUUGGGCCUCCCUCUACUUUGUGGCUCUUAUGACCUUCGGCAACUACGUGCUCUUCAACCUACUGGUGGCCAUCCUGGUGGAGGGCUUCCAGGCAGAGGGGGAUGCCAACCGCUCCUACUCAGAUGAGGACCAGAGCUCGUCCAACAUGGAGGAGUUUGACAAGUUCCGAGAGGGACAUGAAGGCCAUUUUGAUAUCAAGCUCUGCCCCAUCCCCAUGACUCCCAACGGGCACCUGGACCCCAGCCUUCCGCUGCCCGGGCCCCUGGCCACCACAGGAAGCAUGCCCUCUGGCCCUUGCCACUCCCUGCAGCCUGAUCAGGUGCUCAUCGCCCUGGACUCCCGGAAGAGCAGCGUGAUGUCUUUGGGGAGGAUGAGCUAUGAUCAGCGGUCUCUGUCUAGCUCCCGCAGCUCCUACUAUGGGGCCUGGGGCCACAGUGGAGCCUGGGCCAGCCGCCGGUCCAGUUGGAACAGCCUGGCCCGGGGUCACAGUCUGAAGCACCGGGUACCUUCUGCGGAACACGAGUCACUCCUCUCUGGGGAGAGGGGCCAGUCAGCAGAGGGCGAGCGGGAUGAUGGCGCCCCUCGUGGCCCCUCCCAUCACCUACCGCCCCAUCCCCAUCCCCAUCAUCACCACCUCCACCACCCACACCGCUACCGGCACCGACGGACGCUCUCCCUUGAUACCAAGGACUCUUUGGAUCUGGCAGAGCUGCCCCUGCCAGCCCCUCAUGCUCAUCUGAGGUCUGCCCGCAAAGUGGGCACAGGCCUGGGUGCCAGUGAGCACCAGGACUGCAAUGGCAAGAUGCCCAACAUUGCCAAGGACGUUUUCACCAAGAUGGACAACCGGAAGGACCACGCAGAGGAUGAGGAAGAGAUCGACUACAGCCUAUGUUUCCGGAUCCGGAAGAUGAUAGAUGUCUACAAGCCUGACUGGUGUGAAAUCAGGGAGGACUGGUCUGUCUACCUCUUCUCUCCUGAGAACAGGUUCCGGGUCCUUUGCCAAACCAUCAUCACUCACAAGCUUUUUGACUAUGUCGUGCUGGCUUUUAUCUUCCUCAACUGUAUCACCAUCGCCUUGGAGAGGCCCCAGAUAGAGGCUGGCAGCACCGAGCGUAUAUUCCUCACUGUGUCCAACUACAUCUUCACCGCCAUCUUUGUUGGAGAGAUGACACUAAAGGUGGUCUCCCUGGGCCUGUAUUUUGGGGAGCAGGCCUACCUCCGGAGCAGCUGGAACAUCUUGGAUGGCUUCCUGGUCUUCGUGUCCCUUAUUGACAUUGUGGUCUCUGUGGCUUCUGCGGGAGGAGCUACCAUACUUGGAGUCCUCCGUGUCCUCCGCCUCCUCCGUACCCUUCGCCCGCUACGGGUCAUCAGCCGUGCCCCGGGGCUGAAGCUUGUGGUGGAGACACUGAUCUCAUCCCUCAAACCCAUCGGAAACAUCGUCCUCAUCUGCUGCGCCUUCUUCAUCAUCUUCGGCAUCCUGGGAGUGCAGCUCUUCAAGGGGAAGUUUUACCAUUGCCUGGGGGUCGACAUCAGGAACAUCACCAACCGCUCCGACUGCAUGGCCGCCAACUACCGCUGGGUGCACCACAAGUACAACUUUGACAACCUGGGCCAGGCCUUGAUGUCCCUCUUUGUUCUGGCCUCCAAAGAUGGCUGGGUCAACAUCAUGUACAACGGGCUGGACGCUGUGGCCGUCGACCAGCAGCCCGUGACCAAUCACAAUCCCUGGAUGUUGUUGUAUUUCAUCUCCUUCCUGCUCAUCGUCAGCUUCUUCGUCCUUAACAUGUUUGUGGGUGUGGUGGUGGAGAACUUCCACAAGUGCCGGCAGCACCAGGAGGCAGAGGAGGCGCGUCGGAGGGAGGAGAAGCGACUCCGGCGGCUGGAGAAGAAGCGAAGGAAAGCCCAGCGGCUCCCAUAUUAUGCUACCUACUGCCCUACCCGGCUCCUUAUUCAUUCUGUCUGUACCAGUCACUACCUGGAUAUCUUCAUCACCUUCAUCAUCUGCCUCAAUGUCGUGACCAUGUCCUUGGAACACUACAACCAGCCCAUGUCCUUGGAGAUCGCGCUCAAAUAUUGCAACUACAUGUUCACCACGGUCUUUGUGCUGGAAGCCAUGUUGAAGUUGGUAGCAUUUGGACUGAGACGCUUCUUCAAAGACAGGUGGAACCAGCUGGACCUGGCCAUCGUGCUCCUUUCAGUCAUGGGUAUCACCCUGGAGGAGAUCGAGAUCAACGCCGCCCUGCCCAUCAACCCCACCAUCAUCCGCAUCAUGAGGGUGCUUCGGAUCGCCCGAGUGCUGAAGCUGCUGAAGAUGGCCACCGGGAUGCGAGCCCUGCUGGACACAGUGGUUCAGGCCCUCCCCCAGGUGGGAAACCUGGGUCUUCUCUUCAUGCUUCUCUUCUUCAUCUAUGCUGCUCUGGGCGUGGAGCUCUUUGGGAAGCUGGUGUGCAGCGAUGAGCAUCCCUGUGAGGGCAUGAGCCGUCACGCCACCUUUGAAAACUUUGGUAUGGCCUUCCUCACGCUAUUCCAGGUCUCCACUGGGGACAACUGGAAUGGGAUCAUGAAGGACACGCUGCGGGACUGCACCCACGACGAGCGGAGCUGCCUCAGCAACCUCCAGUUCAUCUCGCCCCUGUACUUCGUGAGCUUCGUGCUCACCGCCCAGUUCGUGCUCAUCAACGUGGUGGUGGCCGUGCUGAUGAAGCACCUGGACGACAGCAACAAGGAGGCUCAGGAGGACGCCGAGAUGGACGCCGAGAUCGAGCUGGAGAUGGCCCAUGGCCUCUGUCCCCGGAGCUCCCCGGGCGCCGGCAAGGGCGGGGGCUGUGCGGGCCCCGGAGGCCUGGGAGGAGGGCCGCCCGCCGAGCCCGAAGCGCGCCGCUGCAUGCGCUGUUACUCCCCGGCACAGGAGAACUUGUGGCUGGACAGUGUCUCUUUAAUUAUUAAGGACUCCUUCGAAGGAGAGUUAAUGAUCAUCGAUAACCUGUCAGGCUCCGUCUUCCACCAUUAUUCCUCCCCGGCCGUGUGCGAGAGGUGUGAUCAUGACCAGCAAGAGGUCCAACUGGCUGAGGUGGAGGCCUUCUCCCUGAACUCGGACAAGUCCUCUUCGAUCCUGCUGGGGGACGAUGUCAGCUUGGAGGAUCCCACGGCAUGCCCUGUGGCCUCCAAGGAGAGCAAGCAGGGAGAGUCGGAGCCUCCUGACCCCAUCCAGAUCGGGGACCUGGGAGAAUGCUUCUUUCCGCUGUCCAACGCGGCAGUCUCGGCAACCCCAGAGAGCUACCUGUGUGAGAUGGAGAAGGACCCCUUCCAUCCCGUCCAGUCCUGGCUGAAACACGAGAGCACUCAAACUCCCCCCAGGCCUUUCUCGCCCGAUGCCGCCAACCCCCUCCUGCCGGUGCCAGCAGAGUUCUUCCACCCAGCUGUGGCCACCAGCCAGAAGGGGGAGGAGAAGCCUGCCUGCAAGGGGACCCUCCCCAAGAUCUCCCUGCAGGGCUCCUGGGCAUCCUUACGCUCUCCAAGUGUCAACUGUGCCCUCCUCAGACAGACCACGGAGAGCGACACCUCCCUGGAGGACAGCAGGAGCAGCGGCUCGGUGGGCAGCCUGCAGACCACGCUGGACGACAGCCUGAACCUCAGCGACUCCCCGCAGUGCACCCUGGACCUGCCGGCGGCCCUGUGCCCGGGGCUGCCGGGCCCCCACGCGCGGGCCGCCCACAGAACGGUCGUGGCCGCGGCGCUCUCCCCGGCCUCCCGUCGCCGGAGCCUCCGGGGCCGCGGCCUCUUCAGCCUGCGGAGCCUCCGGGGCCACCAGCGCAGCCACAGCAGCGGGGGCAGCACCAGCCCCGGCUGCACCUACCACGACUCCAUGGACCCCUCGGACGAGGAGGGCGUGGGCAGCAGCCUCCGGGGCGGGGGCACCAACAGCAGCGAGCAGUCAGAGACCCUCAGCAGCCUCUCGCUCACGUCCCUCUUCUCCCCGGCCCUCCCGCCCCCGGGCCUCCGGCUGGCUAAGAGGUGUAACAGCACGAGCAGCCUGUCUACCGUGGCCCCCUUGUCCCCCGCCCAGGGCCCCCUGCCGCCCGUGGGGCCUGAGGGCAUGCAGCCCUUCUCGGUUGACCCCAGGGGCUUCCUGUCCGCGCCCUCCUGGGGGACAGACUUCUGUAAGGACCGCCACUCAGCCAGCGAGGAGACCCAGGGGCCAGGCGGCCGCGAGCGCAAGCAGCCCCCCGAGGUGGAGCUCGGGGAAGGGGUGACCAAGCGGAACAGAUGAGGUUCUCUGGCCCCCGGGGGUCGCGGCGGGGCGCCCAGCGGGGGAAGCCCAUUCGCUGUGGCUGUCGCUUCCCAGACUCCCCCUGAGCGAGCGAGAGUCUGCCGGGGUCCCGGCUGGCUGCCGAGCCCACUCACCUCAGGCCCCCGGGAGACUGGCGGGGCGUGGCCCGCGCCGGCGCUGGGUGGGCCGGGGAGGAGGAAGAGCCCGGGCGCUCCGCGGGGGUGGGGCCUGUGGCCGGAGCGCGGCCGGACGCGGCCCUUUCCGUAUCUAUAUACAUAUAUACAUAUAUAGACACACACAAAGACAUAUAUAUUUAUUUAUUUUUUUUACUGAAAGCUUAUGACUUCCAGAAAGUGCUAAGAAUAGAGAGGGGUGGGAACGGGAGGUGACGAAGCGUGAGAAGCAAAAACUCCCGUCAGGCAGCAGACGUUUCAGCCCCUGGCCCCGACGCGGGGACUCCGCGGCCUUUGGGGCCACCUGGGGCAGCCCCCUGAGUCACUACCGCUCUUUGGAAGGGGUCGAAUUUUUGUCCUUUUAUUCUUGAUUGUAUUUUAGGAGCCCCCAAGGCACCCUAAUUAGCCAAUAGGUACAUAUAUAUUUUUUCCAUAGCAAAAAAGUUGAGGGGAGGUAGUAUAUUUUUCCAGUGAUAGGAGAGAGGAGGUGGGCUUGUCUCACUGGGGUAGCCAGAGCCAAGGGGGAAGCCCCCUCGGAGCUCACCCACCUGAUCCCAGCUCCUCCGGGCAGAGGGGAGACCAGCGGCUCAGAAAGGGAAGGGGACCCGGGCGCUCAGGGCGUCCUGGAAUGGCAGAGCUUGGAUUCCUCCCCAGCCUGCGGAGCCUCGCUGACAAAGUCGGGCAUUCUGAUGCAGGCAGGACGUGAGGUGGAUGGGCAGCUUCUUCCUCUGCGGACCGUGCCCCCGGGCAGGCUUUGGCGUUGGUCACAAAAUGACCGCGGCUCCAGACCAAGGUCUGUCCUCCGUGUAUGUGGUCUUCCCUCCCCCGCCUUUCCCUGUUCCUGGGGCAGAGCAGCUGGGCAUUUUCUCUUAGAGUAGGACCCUUUCCUUAGUAGGCCUUCUCCCAGGCCUCUUGCUGGCCUCCCUCUAGAUCUUGGCGGGGAGAGAAGACCUUAGUCCAAAAAAGAGGGGGAGGUCUGGAGGGUGUGAUUUCUCCAACCAUCCUUCUGUCUUUCUGUCUCCACGUCAGUUCUGAGUGUUUGAAGCAACAGAGACAGAGAAAAGGACAAAGAAACAUGAGAAAAGGGAGAGGGGAUGUGUGCUGCCCAGGGGUGGUAACAGGCCCAAAUCCCUCAUUGUACAGAGGAGAAAAUAGAGACCCAGAGGGUACAAAUGCCUGCCCAGGGUCAGUUACUAAGUGUGGAAAGCAGGAUCUGAAUGAUGAGCUUCCUGAUUCCCAAGUCCAAUUCUGUCUUCUUCAUGAAGGAAGGGAGGAAGUCCUGGGGGCGAGGUUAGCCCAGGACAGAUGGACCCUUUGAUCCUGUGAGGGUCCCACCGGGCAUGGGUGGGUUCAUCUGUGCAGCCGCCUCACUCUUCAGUAUCUAAGCAGAUCCCAGAAUUCAGGGCAGGGCAGGACAGAUCCCCGUUCUCUUGUCCUAAGCACACAUCUUGCAGGCUGGGGGUGGAGAUCGGACCCUUUGGGGAUCCCCCUCUCCCUUUCCCUGCCUGACUCUCUGAUCCCCCUUAUCAAGCAUUCACCCAUCCCACCAACACACAUCCACCACUGAGCUAGACAACAGACCCUCCUUGGUCCGUCGCCACCUGGGCUUUCUGGGAGGACCAGCCAAAGCUUUUAGUCUCGAGCAGGCAGCUAGACCUCGGAGGACACCUCCUUCUGGCCAUCCUCUCUUGGGCAAUUUGGGUUCAUGUCUUAUAAGUUACACGUUCCUAUAUAGGAUCAUAGGGCCCCAUAUUUAGAACCAGGAAGGACCGUAGGGAUCAUCUUGCCCAAUUUUAUCAUUUCAUAGAGGGAGAAACAUGCUUAUGGAUGCACAGCAUUUACUUUCAAAUACAUGCCCAAUACCUGUGUUCAUACCCAUAUAAGCCAUUUUACACAUCCACACACAUUUGCUUAUACACUUGCUCUAGCUUCCCCAGCCCUUCUCCAAAGUAUUGGGUCAAGUUCCACAUAAGCAAUAAAAAGACCCAAGGGUGGGUUUCAUCUCCCUAUCCCCUUCCGGAGGUCCAGCUGUGAUUGGGUGAGGAGGGGGCUCAUUCUCAGUCCUGAAGGUUAUCAAGGUAUGUGAGGAAAAUGAGAGGUUCAGAAGAAGGAAGGGCCCACUCUGAGUCUCCCAACCAGUUCUAUGAGGAGUUGUAAAGCUGAUCUUUCUGACUGGAGAAGAUGAGACCAGUUUACUCAUCUCCCACCUUGUCACCUCCAAAGGAGUUAGUUGGUACCUGUGUCUGCUCCAAGGGAGGAGACUCACCUCAAGAGAAGGAUUUGGGUUAACUGAGAUGCCAAAGCUAGAAAACAGCUCCAUUUUCCUAAUAAGUCAUUGGGACACUUGGCUCCUAAAGUAAUUAUAAACAUAUAAACCCUCCUAUGAUUCAUAUAGCCCUUUCUUCACAGCCUGCAUUUUUUAUUUUUGUAGUUUAAUCAAGGCCUUUUAUCUUUACACCUUCUUAUUAGGCCAGUGAUCAGAUCCUAUUACCCAGUUGACAGGAUGCCAGACAGUAGCAAGUUCCAAGAAUUUGCUCCUAUUCCCCCCACUUCCUUGAGCCUGAGUGCUCCCAUCUUUCUAAUACCUUAAGGACUGAAAAGUACUUGAUGUCCAUUGCAAUCUUGGGAUGUGGGUGGGGUAAAGGUUAUUAUUUCCAUCUUACAGAUAGAAGAGCUAAGAUUUGCCCAUGAUCCCACAAUUUCAUUUCAGGGGAUUGGACUCAGCCAGGGAGGGAGCAAGAGUAGCUACAGCUUGGCCCAAGCUGGCAAGUAAAAAAAAGGCAAAUUGUGGAUGGCCAACAGGGUGAGGAAGAAAAGAGGAGUUUUUCAGUGAAGGGAUAGAAGUGGAGUGGAGUGUCAGAUACACUAUCUGAUACAGAAUAUCUGGGUCAGUUUCUAAAUCUAGACUCUGUCAUAAUUAUCAAAUUGGGUGAAACUGAAUAAGUAAUGAUGUGAAUUAUGUUUGUUCUUAACUCAGGGCAAGUCAGGGUGGAUUUGACUUACCCGAGCUCAGCACAACGGUGGAAAUUGGUAGGAAUGGCACAUGGUUGGGACAGGGUAACUACCUCAUGUGGGUUUUCUCUGGGACUGGAAUAUGCCAAUGUUUCUGUGCCAUCUUUCUUCCUUUCUUAUCAGUGGAAUACUGACUGCUUAGGCUCCCUUGUAUUUCUGCCUCUUUUUCAGAGGUCCAAAGUCAGAAGAAACACAAUUCACAAAGAGAAUUGAGUUUGUUCAUAGCAAAGAAUUAUCAAAAAAGGACAUCUGUCCCAACCCAUACUCUAAGAGGAAUCUCCUGUCUUAGAUUUAAAUUUCAGUAUAGAUAAAUGUAAAAUACUUCCCCAUGCUUUAAAAAAAUUAGUUUCAUAAGAAUAAGAUGAAGGAGGAGAGAGUUACUCGAUAGCAGUUUGUCUGAAAAAGAGCUGAAGGUUUUAGUGGACCGAAGUCCAGUAUGAUUUAACAAGACUAGAUUUCUUUGAUAGAAAGCACUUCCUUCAGCAGAUCUGGUUGUUAUCUCUGCAGCCCAGAGCUGCAAAGGGGAUUAUUCAGAGUCAUUCAGUCUGAUAGGGAAGCGAGGGAAAAAAAACAGUCCAGGAGAGGCAUCCAGGAUGGGGAGAGGAUUUGAGUCUGUGUCACAGGAGGGAGUGGGAAUAUCUGGCCAAGAGGAAACAGGGCAGCCUGGUGUCUGCCUCUCAUAAUAUGGAGGGAAGUUGGAUGGAGGGGGGCUUAGCUUUGUUCUGCUUGGCCCAGAAGGUCGGAGUAGGCACCCUGACUGGGGGAAAGCUAAGAGGAAAAUUUAGUCUUGACAUCAGGAAAAACUUCUUCCACUUAGAGCUGGAAGAGGUUGGCCACAGCCCAUUGACUCUUUUGGCAAUUGAGGAAACAGAGACUAAUUUGACCUUAGUCACAUGUGCAUUGGCUGGGAUAGGGGUGGACUUGGAGCAGGCUUGGAGCUUUCCUAACACCCCCACUAGAAUGCUUAAUUUGCUUUAAAAUCAUGAUCUGGUCAGCGGCCCAAAUCAAUGCUCAAUAGAGGCGUGCCUGACAGAAGGAUUGACUGAAGCUAGCAGGGCACUAUAGGCCAUGAUGUCCACAUAUACUUAAGGGUCCCCCUUCCCCAAAGUACACAAAUUUUGUGGCUGGAGAACAGGACAGUGACUCCAUGUAAGCGCUCCUUUUUGGGGUGGACCCUUACCCUAUACCUCUGACUAGGAUGUCUUCCCAAUAUCUCUUUCUCUCUGUCUGACCCUGUCACCCAGAGACCCUUGGAAAAGAACAGUCCAUUUCUAUAAGCCCCCUACUCUGCUCCAGAAACUUUAGGACAUCAGGCUUUUGAGGCCUGGGGAGGGGGAAGUAAUGGAAGUAAUGACCGAAGACUACAUAAGUAAUAAAUAGUAGAGCAGGGGCUCAAAUAUACACUCUGAUUCCACUAGACAGUGCUCUGCCCACUGUACCACACUGCCCUUUCAUAUCUGAUAUACAGGACAUCCUUUCUCUGACAAAGAUGGAAGUAAAAAUGAACCUACUUCCAGCAGAUCCAAGCCCCUCACCCCUCUUUCCUUCUUCCUCCUUCCCUUCCUCCCCUUCUCUGUCUCUGUGUUUCUCUCCUCUCUCUUUUUUUCUCUCUUUCUUUGUCUUUCUUUAUCUGUCUCUCUCUUCUCUUUGCCUCUUUGUCUCUCUGUCUCUGUCUCUCCAUCUUUCUCUUUUUCUGUCUCUCUUUCUCUAGCUCUCUCUGUCUCUCAACUUGCUAUAGCCCAAAACUUGAGCCGCUAGAAGCCAAAGCCCACUACUAAGUCUUUUUUGUCUUCCUAUCCCCAGCACCCAGCACAGUGCCUAGCACGCAGCAGGUGUUUAAUAAUGCUUUUUGAUAGACAGAUGGAUGAGGGCGAGAGCUAUAACAAGGGUGGGGCAAACAGAGCUUUGCCCUAGAAUGUAGCUCACCUCUGAGGGAGGAAUACCCCCUCCCUAAGAAGUCCUGUAAAGUUGCAGAGAGGGAGUCAUGCCGUCUGUCCUCCAGGGUGCAUGAUAGACUCUGAAUGACGGGCCAGUGCCUUCCUCAUGGGGUUGCCCUAACCUCCUCCCCACAGCUUAACUUGGGCUGGGGUGGAAAAGUCCUGGUUACAGCCCAGUGAGAGACCGAUACAAGGUCUGUCUCCGGACCUGUCCUCAGAGCCUUUCCAGGGCUCCCAGUUGGAUCCAAGCUCACUUCCAGGCCAUGACAAGGCUUCAGCAUAGGACUUUAGUGGAGGCACAGAAUUCCAAUAAAUAAACUCCCCCUGACUCUGCCCCCCUCCCUCCAGCCCAUCCAUCUGGAAGCUGCUGUUCUCCCCAUCCCUUGCCAGUCACUCCCCUCACCCCUCUGCUGCGCCCUCGGGUUGGGGAGGGAGGGACUUCCUGGAUGUUCAGAGCAGCGGCUUUUGCCACACCCAGAUAGCUCCUUGUCUUCAUGCAAUAAUAGGAAUUUUGAGGUUCAGACACCCCAGGGGUUGGGGGAGGGAGUAGCCACCGGGAGGAUGAGGAGGGACAGUUCUCUCUCCUCCAGGAAGCCCUCCAUCCUGUCCCUUUCCUCUUUUAUUAAUGAACUUCCAGUCGGAUGUACAGUUUCUAUGAUGUGACCAUUUUAAUCCUAGUUGCUGAUGGGUAGUAUCUGCUGUUCUCUUACCAUCAAGGUGUAGGAAAACCAACAGUAUUGUAUUGAAUUAAAAACAAAAACAGCUAUUUCGGAAA